AUGGACUUUCCAAAGAGGCGGCCAUUGUUCUGUGAAUGUGGCUUUGGUUAUGGAGAGGAUGCCCGGUGUGUGCCCUGUCGGAGCGGCCGGUUCAAAGAGGAGUACGGGCUGCACAAGUGUAAGCCGUGCCUGGACUGCGGCCUCAUCAACCGCCUCCACAAAGAGAACUGCUCCAGCACCAGCAACGCCGUCUGUGGGGACUGUCUGCAAGGAUAUUACAGGAAAACUAAACUAAGUGGCUUCCAGGACAUGGAGUGUAUCCCCUGCAGCGACCCUCCUCCUCCGUACGAACCGCACUGCAGCGGGCGUGUCAACCUGGUGCCCCUCCCCCCCAUGGUCACCAGCCCCCGGGACAUGGCCCUGGCCGCGGUCAUCUGCAGUGCUCUGGCCACAGUCCUGCUGGCUCUGCUCGUGCUCUGUGCCAUUUACUGCAAGAGGCAACUGCUGCAGAAGAAACCCAGCGCAGUCUCCCUGCGCUCUCACGACUGCCCGUUCGCAGGAGCAGAGUCCUGUCUGGAUCCUCGUUGGCUUCAGGAGCUGCAGCUGGGGCCCUGCUGCCACUGUCCCUUGGGCCCCCAGUGUUCAGGCCCCGUGCAGCUGGUCCCCUCUCUGUGCUGUGAGGAGAGCUGCAGUCUGGGGCCCCUCCAUAGUCUGGGGCCUAUCCACUGUCUGGGGGCCCUCCACUCAGUCCCCCAGAGUCUGGAACAAACAGAGGAAGAAGACGAGGAGUGUGGGCCCCGACAGCAGCAGGAGGCGGCGGAGGACGGGACGGGGCCUCAGUGCGAAGGCUGA